GGAGGAGGGGGGAGGCGCACUCACUGGGAAAUGACUUUUUGUUUAAAUCCUGCGAUCGAGAGCACGCAUGGAGUAUAUACACGCACAUAGAGGUUAGUUUUUGCUCCUUUACUGGGAUCCUUGUGUGAUUGCAUGCAAAAUGUGCGCAGCUGGGCGUCUGUUUGCUGUGUAGUUCGCUAGCUGAGGGUCGUUUGGUUUUCUCCUUUUUAAAUUAUUAUUGAUGCUUUUUUAAAAAAGAAAUUAUUCAGUGCUGGCAGCCAGGGAAACAAUGUAUCACCACUGCAACUUUGGCUGAUGAGGGAAGAAUGGUGGCGCUGCCCGCUGUAUUUUUUUCUCUCCGAAUGAAAUCAUUUUGGGUAAAGAUGAGGGAGGAGGUGGACCGCCGGAGUCUUGCUCGGUCUUUUCUUUGGAUUUGCGGCAGAAUUGCCUGACCGAUGCGAUGAAGACGGAAGUCGGUGUGGAUUAAAAUAUUUUCUUGAAGGAUUCUUCGCUUUGGGAUCUGGGGAUUUUUAUUUUAUUUUCUGCCUUUUCAAUGCGGGCUCCGGGGUUUCUGCGAUUUGAAAUGAAAUAAUGGCGACACGCUGGACAGAGCCCCCGGACCGAGAUGACGGGAGAAAGCGGUCGGCCGCGUCCCCGCCCUGCAAGGCCAAACGGAAGGACGCACCGGAGCAGAGCGAAGAGCCAUCGCCCUGUGAGGAGGAGCCCUUCUCUUGGCCAGGUCCGAAGACGCUGCGGCUGCGCCGCACGUCUCAGGGUUUCGGCUUCACUCUGCGGCAUUUCAUAGUCUACCCCCCCGAGUCUGCCGUGCACCUCUCCCUCAAGGAUGAAGACAACGGUGGCAGAGGGAGACAGCGGAGCAGGCUGGAACCCAUGGACACCAUCUUUGUCAAGCAGGUGAAGGAGGGAGGUCCUGCCCAUGGAGCUGGACUCUGCACAGGGGACCGCAUCGUCAAGGUGAAUGGCGAGAGCAUCAUCGGGAAGACCUACUCGCAGGUGAUUGCCCUCAUCCAGAACAGUGACGCCUCUCUGGAACUCUGUGUAAUGCCCAAAGAUGAAGACAUAUUGCAGUUGAUUUCCCGGGAUAUCACGGCACUGGCAUAUUCUCAGGAUGCUUACCUUAAAGGAAACGACGCUUACAGUGGGAAUGCCCGGAACAUCCCUGAACCCCCGCCGAUAUGUUACCCGAGGAUAGACUGUAUACCCCUGGGGAUGGCCCAAACCCCUGAGCCGUCCUCGUCGGCUGAGACACCGCGGACUCCGGGGCAAGGGGUUCGAGGGGCAUGGCUGGGGGCGUCCGUGGGCGGCCAGCCUGACCACGGGUACUGCAUGGAGAUCCCGGUCACGCCAUCGCCCCCGCAAUGCCCCAAGUCCCAAACGGUGGUGUGUGUGUGCAGCGAGAGCGUCCGGACACUUGCGGUUCCCUUGGACACCCGGGCACCUCGAGCAGGUCCCAGUCACCGGACAGAGGAAAACCGGUACAGCCCAGCAGUGUCAGAGCACAUCCUUGGCAUGGCCAGGCCCAUUGCAUCACCCGCAGUGUCGCCCUCUGCUGGCGGACAGUCACAGCACCCCUCCCCCAGGUCAUCGGACCCUUCCGUGUUUCCAAUGGGGAGCAGGACCGUUGGACUCUCCCCAAGCCGCCCCGACCCACACACAGUGACCCCCCGGUCCUCUACAAUGACAUCCAUGGACCCCUCGCCUGUGGCAUCCAAUCACUGUUCACCCUCGUCUCCUGCUUCCUCCACCACCUCCCCCGCUGCCCAUCAGAACAUAGACUGGCGCAACUACACCACAUACAAGGAGUACAUGGACACCAAGCGCUUAUACAUGUAUGGCUGCCGCACCAUCCAGGAGCGCCUGGAUAGCCUGCGGGCCGCCUCCCAGACAGGGGCUGAGCAUAAGCCACGUGCCUCCAGUGUCUCCCAGGUCCGCCGGAGGAGCACGUCACAUGACCGGGCCCCCCAGAGCACCGUAACGCCACCCCCACCACGCAGCGCAUCUCAGGAGCGCCUUGGGGGCCCAGAACGGACGACCCUUGUCAAAGAGUGGCCCCGCAGUGCCUCCCAGGAUGCCCUGGCCUCCACUCCCCCUUGGCCAGCCAAGCCGCGGGCAAGAUCCUGUGACUAUCUGGGUCGGGAGGGCUUCACCUCUGGCCGGGAUCGGCAGGGGUUGAGCCCGAUAGAGCCCGAGGACAAGCCCCCCUGUUUCCGCGAGGCUGCCUCAGCUGGCAGGCAGCCCUCAUCAGCGCGGUCUUUGGGCGCAGCCCACCGGACGCCGCCGGUGUAUGGCUCUGACAGCCGGCUGGGUGCGGCCAGCUUUCGGAACUCGCCCCUUGCCCUGUCCUUUGCCAGGCCCCCCCGUCUGCCAUUGACCAGCUCCACCCUGGCCCAGUCUCCCACAACGAGCAGUUAUGCACUGCCUCUAGCCAGUCACCUGUCAGAGGCUCGAAGCAGAGCGCUGAGCCUGCGUGAGCUGACCUCCAGCACCCGUACUUAUUCUGUACCUGCCAUGACCUCUGCACAGCAGGACAAAAGCCCGCUGGUGGCGUCCCCCAGUAACGGCCCCGCCCCCCAGCCAGCAGCCAAUGGGCAAAGCCCGGUGGAAGGGGAGGGAACCCCGGUGGUGGACAGCGUGGUCUUAAGGAAGAAGCCCACGCCCGGCGGACUGCAUCCACUUCGGCACCCAUCCUACAUCCUGGCGGUGAAUGAGCCGGAUGGCGAACUGUCUCCUAGUGCCACCUGUUGGCUGCCGAAUGACGCGCGCCGGGAGGUUCACAUGAAGCGCCUGGGUGAGCAGCGCAAAGCCUCCAACUCCAGUAACCUGGGCGACUCCCUGGACUCCAUUCCCUUCAUAGACGAGCCGUCCAGCCCAAGCGCCGACCACGACGCACUGCACAUUCCAGCCUCGGCCGUCAUAUCUGUGACUCCAACCAUCACCAUGGUCCCCCCUAGCCCCACCUCCCCGACUCCUGUCAUUCGCCGGCAGCUGUCACAUGACCAAGAUUCUCUCCGCCUCACCAUUUUGGAGUCGGACUGUGAUGCCAAGACUGAGCGCUCCAAGUCCUGCGAUGAAGGGCUGGAUAACUACAAAGAGGAAGGAAGAAGGGGUUCAUCCCUUAAGAGCAUUGCGGGGCUAAGAGCUCUAAGGAAGAUGACAGACAGGUCCUCGGAUGAUUCCGGAUCCCAGAAAGAUUCCGCCUCUGAAGUCUUCAGCGAUGCCACGAAGGAGGGCCUUCUCCACUUCCGGCAACUCGGCACUGACAAGAGCAAGCGAGUAGGUGGGGGCAUGCGGCCAUGGAAACAGAUGUACGCAGUGCUGCGGGGUCACUCCCUCUGCCUGUACAAGGACAGGAAGGAGGGGCUGGCCCACGCCAACUCCCAAUCAGAGGACGAGCCGCAGCCAAUCAGCAUCAAGGCCUGCCUGAUCGACAUCUCAUACAGUGACACCAAGCGCAAGAACGUGCUGCGGCUGACAACCUCGGACUGCGAGUACCUCUUCCAGGCGGAGGACCGGGAAGACAUGCUGUCCUGGAUCCGGGUGAUACAGGAGAACAGCAACCUGGAUGAGGAGAACGAAGGUGUCACGAGCCGAGACCUGAUCAGUCGACGGAUUAGGGAGUAUAACAGCCUGAUGAGCCCCCCCAGCACAAAGACUGAGCCGUCACCCAAGCCCCCCCGACAGUCCCUCAUUCAGAACUUCCUGGGGGGUAAAGGGGAGCCCAAGGCAUCCAUCCCGCACUCCCCAAAGCAGGACGCGGAGAGGAAGGUUCUGCACAAGGACGACAGCAGCCCGCCCAAGGACAAGAGCACGCGGCGGAAGGGCAUCCCCAGUCUGAUCCGGAAGCCGUUUGAGAAGAAGACUUCCCAGGGAAUCACGUUUGGCGUGCGCUUGGAUGACUGUCCCCCAGCCCUAACCAACCCAUUCGUGCCCCUCAUCGUGGAGGUGUGCUGCAAGCUGGUGGAAGAGCGGGGGCUGGAGUAUACGGGCAUCUACCGUGUGCCGGGCAACAACGCCGCCAUCUCCAGCAUGCAGGAGGAGCUGAACAACAAGGGCCUGGAUGACAUCGACAUCCAGGACGACAAAUGGAAGGACCUUAAUGUGAUCAGCAGCUUGCUCAAAUCCUUCUUCCGGAAGCUUCCAGAGCCAUUGUUUACUAAUGAAAAAUAUGGAGAUUUUAUUGAGGCCAACAGAUUGGAGGAUGCAACGGAAAGGUUAAAAACGCUGAAGAGGCUGCUCCACGAACUGCCAAGCCAUCACUACGAAACUCUCAAGUUCCUCUCCGCACAUCUCAAAACAGUGGCUGAGAAUUCUGAAAAAAACAAGAUGGAGCCACGGAACCUGGCCAUCGUGUUCGGCCCAACGCUGGUCCGCUCCUCAGAGGACAACAUGACGCACAUGGUCACGCACAUGCCCGACCAAUAUAAAAUCGUGGAGACCCUCAUCCAGCACUAUGAUUGGUUUUUCACAGAAGAUGGGAAUGAGGAGCCAAUGACCGCAGUCCAGCAGGAGAACACGGUUGAGUGUCAGCCUGUGCCAAACAUUGACCAUCUGCUCACCAACAUUGGGCGGACGGGCACCUCUCCAGGAGACGUAUCAGAUUCGGCUAGUGACUCUGCUAAGUCUAAGCAGGGUUCCUGGGGAUCCGGGAAGGACCUGCGCAAAGAUCUACCGGUGUCCUGCAUCUUUGCUGUGGCCAACCGCAGACGAAAGAGUCCCAAGGAGAAGCUGCAGCCUAGCAGUUCAGACGAUGACCUGGAUGGUGGGCUUCUCGGGCGGGGGCUAGCGGAGCAGGAUCAAAACCGGGACGCCAGCUGGCUUCGCAAUAGAGCCGGCCAGGAGGAUAAGACUGGCGUUGGAGAGUGCCAGGAGUCUGGGAAGGAGAAUGGAAAGGGAUCUGAGCCAGCGGUCAAGAUGGAGAAGGAUCACUGGAACUCAUUCUUGGUGAAAGAGAAGUCUUCCCCGGCACAACUAUCACCCUCCCCUUCGCCCAGCCCCCGGCACACCGGUUCCCCCAGCUUCAGCUUCCGAACGGCAGCACCAGGGAAGUCCUCGCUGUCAGAGCCAUCCUCACUGCUGGAUGAGAUUGUGUCUGAUCUGGGCACCAUGAGCUCCCAGGCCUCUGUGCACCGGGUCCGGCAAAGGAAACGGACUGGUCUGGAAGGGCGGGCUGGCGAGGCAGCGACGGCUGCAGCGGAGGUCAGCUCCAUCACCUCAGACUACUCCACUACCUCCUCCAUGACCUUCCUGAUGGGGGCCGAUGGCAGCACGCUCAGCCCCGAGGUGCGGUCAGUGGCUGAGAGUCGGGGAGACGAGGCGGAUGACGAGCGCAGCGAGCUGGUCAGUGAGGGACGGCCAGUGGAAACGGACAGCGAGAGUGACUUCUCCGUAUUUGCCGGUGGCAGUCCCGCCCUGGACAGCGAGAAGGUCAUGGGGUGCCCCUUAGACCCAACCAGUGGCGAUCUGGGCGACGCUGAGGAUAAUGACACGGCCAGGUCAGAAGGUCGGUGCCUCUUCUCCACCCACAAACUGGUCGAGUGUGACACGCUGUCCCGGAGACGGUCGCUGCGGCAAAAGACAGACAGUGAAUCAUCAGAGGGGGGGCGGAGCGAUAGAGAGUCCAACCGACUAUCCCGUGUCCUGGAGGUGAUGAAGAAAGGCCGGUCUGGUGGGAGCUUAAGCACCCCCUCCAGGGCGGAGUCAGAGAGGCAGGAGCCGGCAUGGAAGCUGAAGAUCACCGAGAGGCUGAAGUUCCGGCUGAAAACAUCAGCGGAUGACAUGUUCGGGGUGGGCACGCCGAAGGCGGCGGCCCCGGCACCACCAGAGACUCGCAGGAAGAAGAACGUCCGGCGUCGCCACACCAUGGGGGGACAGCGUGACUUUGCUGAACUGGCAGUCAUUGGCAGCUGGAAGGGGCGGGGCGACCGGAGCGCAGAGGCGGAGCUUUCGGCCAUGGACCGGCUGAAGCCCAAGUGUAGUUCGCAGGACUUCUCGAUUCGGGAGUGGAUCGCCCGGGAGCGCUGCCGCGGAGGACCCGAGCCUGCCCCGGAUACCGCUGCCGACGGGGGGGGCUGCGCGCAGCCGGUCCAGGACGAGACCUCAGCCGCCACAUCUGCAGACCCUCAGCAGGUGGAGCAAGCAAACGGGGGUGGCCUACAAGCCAAAAACAAACAGGCCUUGAGCCUGGCGGCUGACGCCCACCCGCAUAAGCUGUCAGGGGCGCAGGUGGUACGCUCCAGAUUCUACCAGUACCUGUGAUGUGGCGCGGCGUAAGCACCUGAGCAUGCGUGGAGCUUUUUUAUCUGAACCGUUUACCACGCAGCUUAUUUUAUACAUGCGUGUAUACGUAUAUGUGCGUGUAUGUAUGUGCAUAUGUAUAGUGUAACAAGCGUAACUGGAUUAAAUAUGUUUUUUUUUUUUUUAAUGUAACCUCGUUUUAAUUGACUGCACAAUAGCAGAGGGGACGGAAACCUCACCCGACUCUGCCAGUCAUGGUAAGAUGCUUCUAGAUGGCUCAAAUUGGCUGUCGGAAACGCCCACAACCGGUGUCAGUAUGGGUGACGUGGAUGUUACCUGAAGGCUGCAGUAACAAGCGUGCCUCAAGCCGUACUGGUUAGCUCCCUCUCCCAAGAGGAUCCCGUGAAUGUAGGAGCCCGCUUGGAUGCCCGAGGCGGAGCUCUCUGUCUUGUCCUCCGUUCAGAGUGUACAUACUUCUCUCCGUACUUGAAGUCUGAGUUAUCGCCAUUCAGCCUGAGUGAGGGCUGCUUUUUCUGUGCUGUUGCGUCGUGGAAAGUCUUUCACGGCGUGUGCUAAACAGCCAGACAAUGUGAGUUUAACAAAACCAACACAAAUAAUUUUAAAAUGUUUUUUAGACGACAGGAAGGGAAUCCCGGUCAUCUGUGUCCAUCUGUGUUUUGUCUUACCCUUCCUGGCAUUUGAUCACAAUAAAGCAAAACAUCCUUUUCUUCAGGAAAGUGCCUCGUCGACUUGCUACAGGCUUUGCCACGGAGCCGUAAGGUGAAAAUCAAAACCCAGCCUCCCACUACCGACGUUUUAUCCGGUCGUUUCUUGUCAGGUGUCGGUUGCAGUGGUGAAUCAUGAGUUUCCAUUUGUCAGCCAUUCCAGAUGAACCUUAAUGCGGUUUAUGUUUAUUUUUGUUCUAGAUUUUAUCGGGACUUGAAUUUUAAUAUUUCUGUAAAAUAAGUAACUUAAAUGUGUAUAUAGAUCAUGUUUAGAGACCCCCAACCUACUCCAGUGCCAUCAUUGUAAUAUAAGCAUGUCGCUAGUAAAGCAAACGGAACAUAUCAAACACUAGCCCCCUCCCUCGAAGACUGCAUGAGAAUAUGCUUCCUGGAACUGGACCAUUGUAUGAUGCUUGAGUAUAGCAGGCCCCCAAGACACUGGAAAUAAACUUCUUUAUGUGA